AUGGGCUGGGCUGCCAAGGGGCCCGACCCGGCCCGAGGGCCCGGCCCGCGGCCUCCCUGGGGCUCAGCCCCGCGCCACUGGAUCCAGCACGAGGGUGCCUGGCGGAUCCGGCCGCUGGACACCUCCUUCUUCCCUAACUUUGUGGCUGGAGGGCCUGGCCGAAGGGAGGUCGCGGAGGGGGCGCCCACGGUGGCCCACUCUAGAGUACUUUGGGGAUGGAGAGACGAGGCGUUCCCUGCUCCCCUGGCGACCCAGAAAGGCAUCGCCUCCGGGAGUGGGUGGGCGCCAGUGAGCGGGGUUGAGGCCAUCGCCUCUAGAGGGCGCGCGCGAUCCGCGAAGAUCGGGCCGCUGGCGCUUUGGACGCGCGAGGAAUAUUCCCCACCCCCGGUUCCGAGCUGCCAAAGGGAACCGAAUUGCACGAUCCGCCACACAAUUGCUCUGAAACACACACACACACACCCAAAAGUCUCCAAAGUUUCAGGAAGUAAGCCCCGGCCCCAAGCCUCUUUCCUCCUGUCCAGACUCCGAAGGCUGGAGCAGGAGCCCACUCGGCUGCCCAAUGCGGGAGACAGUCUCGUGGAGAGACGGGGCAACAGCUUGGCCACCCGCUGCGACCCUCCCCAAGCCACUGCACUCCACUCCCGGCCCUCUGACUCUGCCGGCGGCUCAGCCCCUCACUUCGGAAGGCUGACCCAUAGCCCCAAGGCCAGUGUGCCUAGAUUUGCGCUUCUCCUGGUGGCGACGUCUGCUAGAUCUCUGGGGGGUGAAACUGCGCUCAGUGCGGUGACCCCUUUGGGGUCCCCAGGGCAGCUCUCCUGUGCAGGCUUCACGACCCCACCCCAUUGCUGCAAAGUCUCCGGCCAGGAAAAUCUAAGGAACCCCCACCCCACCCUGUGCUCUGCGCUACCCCGAACCAUUUCUCUCCCAGCUUUGGGGGUGUUGCCCCCGCCCAGACCAGGGACUGAGAGGCUGGGGGGGGGGCGAUUGGCGGGGGCAGGGGGCGCGGGGCUGCGCCUCGGCAGCUCCGGGUUCACUAAUCACAUCAGCGAGCUCUGCGCCGGCUCGGAGCAGCCAGUUGCCUAG